AUGCUUUCCCUAACACCCACGUCAGGAAAGGUGAAGAGCAUCUCAGAGGAAACCAUCGUGGACGUGGAGACACACAUGGAGCGGUACAUGCUGGUUGUACUUGCUGGUGGCCCUACUGCCAUGUUGACAGCCAACUCUACAUUGGGUUUAUUCAGAGGUCUUUGGACAAUGGUGGUAUGA